AAAACUCUUUUCUAGUGAGAGAAAAAAAACUCACGGCUUCAACAAUGGCAACAUCUGAGAACCUUGAUAAGCUGAUCCACAAGAAAGGGCAAUGGAAUGAGGACGAAGACAGGGUUUUGAUGGAAUACGUUCGCGAAUACGGCUGUGGCCGGUGGAACCGCAUUGGCAAAAUUACAGGGUUACAAAGAUGCGGAAAAAGUUGCAGAUUGAGAUGGUUGAAUUAUCUCAAUCCAAAUAUCAAACAUGGAGGUUUCAACGAGGAUGAAGAUGACCUUAUCAUCAGGCUUCAUCGACUCUUAGGAAACAGAUGGUCAUUGAUUGCUGGAAGGGUGCCUGGAAGAACAGACAACCAAGUGAAAAACCAUUGGAAUACUAAUCUGAAGAAGAGGGUAGGUUUCGUCAAGAAAGGAGACAAACAGUCCAUGAAAAGGGAAAGGCCCAUUGAAAUUCCCUCAGACAAUAAGAGACUCAAGACUGUAGAAAAUGGGUUUGGGGUGACCGAAAACGAAGGCCCGUCAAAUGGCGACGCCACAAAAAUGUUGAACUUAGAGCUAGAGAAAGAAGAAGAGCCAAACUGGAUCCCUACCGAGGAUGAUUUUUUUAACUUCGACAUUCCUGAUUUCAUGGAUUUUAUUGAUUUCACUAACUUUGAUCAUUGUAGUUGGUUGUAGGAGAACUUGUAUCUCUUUUUUUCACAAGGUUUCUUUGUAGAUUUUGGCUGAAUUUGGUGAACAUGUUAUAAUCUAGGUGUUUUUUUCCUUCUGAAAGUAAGCUAUUUAGCAUCUUAGUUUGUUUCCAACUUGACAUGGGUUUAGACUGUUUAGUACCAAAGACUUUGGAAAUGUACUAU